AUGGACGGCAGAGAGCAGUGGUAUAGGGAUGGCGCUUCCCAAAGGGCAACAGAUUCCGUCCACGAAUCUCACAAGCUCCUGGCCGUUUACCCCAUGGCAUCCGCGACGCCGUCGACACACGAUAUCGCUGGGCUCACAGAUAGCGAUAUAGCGGCGCGUCAUUUGGGCAAUAUGACCUCUGUCGCCACGCCUCCAUCAUUUGUACAGCCAAAUUACUACUCUAUGCAGUCGACAAGCUAUCCUCAGGGCAAUCCUCCACCGUAUACCGAGUACGCUUCAGAGUUGACAUACCUCAGCUCGCAGAAUGUGUCUGCUGAUGACUCCGGAUAUUGGGAGAGUACGAGAAACGAUGCAGUUCGUUUGAUGCAAGAGCAGGCCGGGCCCUCCUAUCCUUACCCAAAUAGCACCCACUGGACUCCUUCUGGUAUCCCGGCAUCAACUUAUCCGACCAGUUCUCUAGCUCAGUCUGUGUUCCAACAUACGGCUCCGACCGCGGCCUAUCCGACACCCCCUCCUCCUACUAUCCCGACUUCUUCCUCUUCUUCUUUGGCCUUCGCACUGGGGCCCCCACCCACACGGCAUGUGCCACCUCCUCCCAAAGUCUACACUCCCGACCAAUCGCAAGAGUUCAUCAACGAUUUUCUGGCUAAGAAAACACAGGAAAUCAAGGUUCGGGAACAAGCCCAACGUCCAUCGACACCUCCCCGUCAACGGAAGCUAUCUACUCAAGAAAGUCCUGACCCUUUAGCCCUCAAACCGGUUACACCUCGUAUGCAGUUAGUCACCGUCACCCCUAGCAAGCGAAAACCGGUUGUUGAACUGGUAUCCUCUUCGGUAAAGCGCAUACACUCCAAGGAUUCAUUUCAUACGCCCCACCGGACCUCCGGAACAUCCCUUUCCUCAACGCCUUCCAGUUCUCGUACAUCCGUGCCUAUCACCCCGAGCACUGUAUCAGGCCAGUCUACACCGAAACGAACCAAGACCAUGGCAUAUGUUGCGAUGCCUCGCAACCCCUGGGCGACUCCUUCUACCUCGAGUAAAUCAGCGACGUCACGAAGAUUGAACGACUCUCCCAAUGACUUGGGCGGAUUUGGAUCAGAAGACGGACCAUUCUCUAGUCCAAUGAGAGGGACCGCCCGUGGUAAUCGAGAGGAUCGAGCUCCUAUGGAAAAACUUGAGUCGUUGCUGGAAGACAUUUUUGAGGCAGAGGAUGCUUUGCCUGCUGAUGCCGACCUUGCUGACCUCAACAUGGAUUUCUUUUCACCCGCCACAACUGAUACUUCGCGACCUCUUCUGCAUCCAAAUAUCGUUCGUAAACUAAGCAAGUAUAUUGGACAAGUUGCGAGGCCAAACAAGCGUGUUCGGCAUGGAGGACCUAGUGUCACUGGGACACCACGCAAUAAAGGUCGAUUAGCAGAAGCCACGAUUCAGUCGCUUUCCCGGAUUCUCAAGUUGUUAGAGAGAACUGUCAGGACAGGAGAGAAUUUGGAUCCUUUCGCCUAUUCUGGCCACACAACACAGUCCUCUCCUCGCAAAGCUAGCCCGAAGAAGCCUAAAGCACGAAAACCUGAUCGACGUUCAAAGUCAAAAACACCGGUAGAUGGUGAACGAGAAGAGGACGUAGAUGCCAUACAUGCCGACAAUCCGCCAAAUCGUUCUCCGACAGAGAGCGACUUCGAAAACUUAGGUGUGCAAUUAGAAGCAGCUAAAGAUAGCGUCCUUGCGGCAGAAUGCUGUAUCACAUUGCUAGGAAGUGACAGGCUUCCGAAACAGCUUUAUUCAGAAGAACUUAUUACAGCCUGUCUGAGCACCUUGAAAAACCAGCUCAACAAAGUCAUUUACCCAUUUGCUGAGGCAUCCUCUGAGGCUGCCACCACAGCCACUAAUCCCCUCCUUCUUCAUGUCGUCAAGAAUUCUGCUGAUAGCGAGUCAAAACGAAAAGUAUUGAACGAAACUUUUCAAACGUUAUCGGCAUCCCUGUCUCGUAUAAAUUCUUUGAUAAAUGCGGAAAGCGUGGCAAUGUCGGACUCUAUCGUUAUUCAAGCGGUGUAUAUUGCGAUUGGGCCUUUCUUUGUGGUAGAAGGGGACAGUGACAUCAAGGGAAAGAAGGACCAGAACGUCGUUAUUCGCACAUUCGGGAAGAGUGCUAUGCAUGGCUUGAUGCUUGAAGCGCUAUCACUCAUUCGUAGCAUAUUUGCAAGUCAUGAGGGGCAGCGGUCUUGGAUCAUUGAAGAGAUUUUAUCUUCUUUAAUCAAGCUGUCGGACUCUAAACAGAAGGCUGGAUUGUUUCGACUACGUGAUGGUCGUUCCAUUCGCACGGUGUCGGCACUACUCCUACAACUGGUACAGACGUCCGCACAUGAUGUUCGCGUACAGGCGAAAAAGAUAGAGAAGGCUAGACAACAGAAGGUCGCGCUGCGUCGUCAAGAAAGUUUUACUGAAAGCCAAAGCCAGAUUACCCGGGAGCCGUUCUUGGAUGAACACGAUUCCGAAGAAAUUCGACUCUAUUAUUCUGGUUUAGAUUCCGCCUCAAAGGCAGCGAAGGCCAUCAUCAUCUUUCUGACGCAACGAUCUGGAAAGGGAAAAACUACGAAGAAUACGAACGAGGCUGAAUAUAGGCUGAUCUUUGACAACUUAAUUUCAGAUGUGCUCGUCGUCUUGUACUGGCCCGAGUGGCCUGCAGCCAGCCUUCUUCUCAGUGUUGCGUCUAAAUUUAUGGUAGCAGCUCUAGAUGAUGUGAAAACGAGUCAAGCGGAUAACAAUGCAGCCAAGACCAUGGCAUUGGAUCAUUUGGGUGUCAUCGCUGCUCGCAUCCAGCAUUUCCAGAUUGUAAGCAGUGUAGACACGAAAGAACUUGAGAAACUCUUGAGUGUACAUCACGACAUUUCAACACAUCUUUCGAAGCGCUCUCUAGAAGAUCAAGCUUAUGACGCAAGUGGCAUUUUGUCCGUGCUGAACAGUGCCCAAGAACUUACUGCGGCCACGCUCGGACAUGAACUCGCAAUUGCAUUGAAGCACAUAGACACUCUGGUAGGUGGAGAUGACGACGAUGAACUGGCUAUCAGCGGCCGAGAUUCGUCCAAAUUCGAACAAUUUGGUCAAAAAAUCAAGGUCGCCCUCCGAAAUGUCUGUAAAGAUCAAUCAAGAGUAUACGAUGUCUUAAUGCCGUCUCUGAACAGAUCCCAAGAGGAAAUAUCUCGCAUCGAUCGCUAUGCAGAAGAGAUAGGUACCAUCCAAGGCCUGCGAAAUUCUUUCCAGCCUAUUCUCAACAUCAUCUUAACCGCUUUGGAUGCGCCGCACAUCUUCAUGCGUACCAAGGCUCUUCGUGCACUGGGGCAAAUUGUUCUGAGUGAUGCUACGAUUCUUUCAACGCCUGGUGUUCGUAGGGGUAUCGAAAACCAUCUGCUGGACAGUUCACCAGCUGUUCGUGAUGCGGCAGUAGAGCUGAUAGGCAAGUACAUGGUAGAUCGCCCAGAGGUUGCUGGUGACUACUACCAGAAAAUUGCUGAGCGUAUAGCUGAUACUGGUCUGAGUGUCAGGAAACGCGUCAUCAAGCUGUUGAAAUCUUUCUAUGGAGUGACGCGUGAUUCUGAACAGCAGACAGAUAUUGCAACACGUCUGGUGCUCAGAAUGCUAGAUGAAGACGACACAGUGAAGGAGCUAGCCAUCAAAACACUUGAGGAGCUAUGGUUUCCUGCCAUCGUUCCUCUUCCGUCUGCGUUGAAGUCGAAGUCAACAAAUAACGUUGACGACAAGAGCGCACUUCUUGGCAAAGUCUCCGUAAUCAUGGCUGUAUCUGGUCACUUUAAGGAUCGACAAUCUCCUCUUGAAGAGGUUUUACACAAGAUCAUGGCUGGACGACAAGAGUCAGAGGUACCUCUGCUGCAUUCUCGUUACACCGAAAUUUGUGAAGCUCUAAUCGAUGGCUUGGUUGAUGCGUCUGAUCUGCCUGGAUUUUCUGACGUUUCCCAGACUGUACUCAACUGCAUCAGAACAAUUCAUCUGUUUGCGUCCGCAUACCCUUCGGUUCUUUCUGGUUCUCAUGCCUCCACACUUCUGCCUUAUUUGAAAAAUCCUAGUACCCCCGAGCAGCAAGUAACUACUGAUUAUCUCCUUAAAAUAUUCCGCAUUUCGAUACCUAGGUUGCCGAAGACGACUAGUAAAUUAGGACAAGAACUUCAAGCGGCUCUGCAGCCCAUGAUCAUAAAGCCAACCGCUGGACUUCAGGUUCUUCAGGAGUGUAUUGCCUGCAUGUGUACGGUCGUGCACCAUCUAACCCGCGACUUUGUGCGGAUAGUGGCAUUACUCAAAUCUUGCAACAAUCGAUUGCAAAACGCCAUCAAAGGACCCACGUUACAGCAACAAGACUCGAAGGGUCUGAAGGCUUUGUCAAUACUGAUAUUCAUCGGCUCAAUCCUUGAACAUAUCUAUAACAGUCUCCUGAGUUUACAUCAGAAAUAUGCCGACCCUGACCUUCGUGGUCGAAUUCUUCAAUGUCUCGGGUUUUUGUUUAGAGCUCAGCCUACGCUUAUGACGGAAGAGCGAUCUGCCAGCAUCAUGGAUGAGAUAUUCCAAUCUGGCAGUGAGGAGACCCAGGGAAGACUGCUGAAGUUGCUGCAGGAGUUUUUGGUUUCUGAGGCUGCUAAGCACUCCUCCAAAGAGAAAGAAACCGCCGUAAAACGCAAUACUAAGGCGUCCGAUGUGAACAUGGACGAACUAAUCGGUAACACGGAUGGAUUUGCGGAUUCAGGCGUAAGCUCUGCUGUCGUUCAGCGCUACUUGAACCAUAUCUUGCAAUCAGCGUUGUCGCAGCAGCCCCAGAUACAGGCGGCUGCUAUCGAUAUAUUGAGCUUCACUAUCAAACAAGGCUUGGCCCAUCCACUCCAGUCUUUCCCUGUCAUUAUCGCGCUCGAGACUUGCCCGUCGACACCGUUAAGCCACAGAGCCAAUGCUCUGCAUUCGAUCUUGCACACCAAACACAACUCGUUGCUCAAUACCCGAUAUGUCAAUAGCGCCCAGGCUGCAUUUGAUUAUCAAUCAAAGAUUACGUCUGGUGCUGUUAAAGGUUUCAGGAUCCAGUCAUCGAUGCCUUUUGCUUUGCUGCAACAAUGGUACUCCUUGGCAAGGGAGAAACGUUCAGGUCGGCUAGACUUCUUGAAGUCACUAUCGAAAGUCUUCCAAGACCAUUCCUCGACUUCGGCGACUCAAUAUGAUGUUGAUUUUGUGCGAUUCAUGGCGGAGAAUUUUGCUUCCUUCGACUAUAAGACGCAGGAGGAGGUCUUCAUCGUGGUCAAGACAUUGACUACAGUCCUGUCGACGAACGGGACACAGGUGCUCGAGCUCGUUUCGCCUUCGCACUUACUUUCCCAUAUGAAGCAACCAGUAUCUGAGGUCAAUGAGGCUGCCAUGAACGUCGACUCAGCCGAAGGACAUCCAACGGUAGAACCUGUGCAGGACAGAAUUCCUCUUAUGCGCAGCACAGUCAUCAUUGGGAUGGUCAUGUUGCUGAAGACUCACUUGAAGACGCUGUAUUCCUUAUCCGAGGAGAAGUGCAACAAGUUCGUCUUGGGAAAGAAGAGCGCGAUCGGUGAUAAAGCAUCCGUCAGACGACAUCAGAAGGCGAUAUCUUGGGAUCGAUUGCCGUUUGCAACACGGCCAAUAUUAACCUCCAGCGACGCCGAUGAACAGAAGACCACAUUUCUAAAUAUCUGGAACGAAGAUGGCCUGACUGCUGAGCCCGAAGAUGACACUGUAGAGUUUAUUUGAUGCUAGUGCUUGCUGCUUUCCCUCUCUUUCUGUUUAUCCAGUUACAUGCUGCUGUUACAUUCUAUCAUUAUUCUCUGUUAUCGUUGUUGUUUUUCGUAUACAAGCAUUUCCUCAGCCUUCCUGUAAUCAACCACCAGCUUUCCAAAUGGAACUAAUGAAAAUUAUCUGGUUCUUUUUGCUCGACGGCUGAAGUUCGCAUUAGGCGAUAAAGGGGUAACGGGUGGACCCUCGCUCGAAGGCGUUCCAUUGUACGGGCAUAUGCAUAUGAACAUGGUUCGCGAAAAAGAUCUGUACAUCG